AGUCUAUGGCAGCAACUAUUUCUCUGCAGGUAAUGCCGUCCAAAGUAAGAUGAAAUAGCUUCAAACAAACUCUUCUCUAGAAUAGUACCGCUAUACUUGGGUAUAUCUACGAAACCAAAACAUCAAGCAUGAAGAUCUGCCACUUAGUUGCCCUGCCGUAUCCUGGCAGAGGCCACAUCAAUCCCAUGAUGAAUCUCUGCAAGCUGCUUCUUUCAAGACGACCUCGAAUUCUCAUCACCUUUGUUGUCACUGAAGAGUGGCUUGGCUUCAUGGCCACCGAAACCAAGCCGGAUGAAGUCCGGUUUGCAACUGUGCCCAACGUAAUACCUUCUGAGCUAGAUCGAGCCAAGGACUUUCCUGGCUUCAUUGAUGCCGUUUGCACAAAGAUGGAAGCUCCUUUUGAGAAGCUGAUGGAUGAGAUUGAGGUUGAAGCCCCGGUUACUGCUAUUAUAUCUGAUACUUACAUGGGUUGUGCUGUUGACGUUGGCAACCGCAGGAACAUUCCAGUAGCUACGGUUUUUCCCAUGUCUGCAUCUGUAUUUUCAGUUUUGUAUCAUCAUCACCUCUUAGUGAAAAAUGGGCAUUUCCCGGUUGAACUUUCAGAAUGUGGAGAGGAGCUAGUCGACUAUAUCCCUGGACUUGCUCCAACAAGGAUAGCUGAUCUUCCAACAAUUCUGCGUGGAACUGGAUCUAAUGAAGGUAUCAGAAAAGUUUUAAACCGAGCCUUGGAAGUUGUUGAAAGAGUGUCCAAAGCGCAAUAUCUUUUAUUCACUUCAGUUUAUGAGCUCGAAGAUCAAGUCUUUGACCAGUUAAAAACAGAAUUGCCUUUCCCCGUCUGCCCAAUUGGACCUACCAUACCAUUUUUUCAUCUCAAACACAACUCUUCAUCAUUUACCAUUACCAGUAAUCUCAAUGGCCGUCCCAACUACGUGGAGUGGUUGGAUUCCCGGCCUGAUGCCUCAGUCCUUUAUGUCUCAUUGGGAAGUUUUCUAUCAGUUUCAAGAGCCCAAAUGGAUGAAAUUGUUGCUGGGGUGCGCAAUUCUGGUGUACCAUACUUGUGGAUAGCUCGUGGAGACGCUGGUUGGUUUAAAGAUGGCAGUGAUGAUGCAGGGAUUGUGGUGCCUUGGUGUGACCAAUUGAGGGUGUUGUGUCAUCCUUCCAUCGGGGGAUUUUGGACUCACUGUGGCUGGAAUUCUACUCUUGAAGCUAUUUACGCUGGUGUUCCAAUGCUUACAUUUCCAAUCUUUAUGGAUCAAGUUCCAAAUAGUAAGCGCAUUGUGGAGGAUUGGAGGAUUGGAUGGAGAGUGAAGAAGAGAGAGGUUGAGAGUGAAAGUUUGGUGACAAGAGAAGAGAUCUCAGAGCUAGUGAGAAGGUUCAUGGAUUUGAAUAGUAUUGAGAGGAAGGGGAUGAGUAAAAGGGUUAGAGAACUAAGUGAAAUUUGUCGAGGAGCAGUAGAGGAAGGUGGAUCAUCUAUAACAAACAUUGAUGCUUUUCUUGAGGAUAUUUCUCAAAUCCAUGACUCUACAUAAGCAACUGUCCUUUCUCAAAAUUUGGAGUCACUAGGGUGCCAUUUGUUUCUUCUGUUGGAGAUUAAUAUUUUGGUUGUUUGAAUGAUCAAUGAUUUUAAGACAUACA